AUCUGUGAAGCAGAAUGUAAACAAGGGAAGAAAGGGAGCAAAUGGAAAACAAAAUAUUGUAUCAAAGGGGAAAAUAUGAGUAAGUAAGUACCACUCACUAAGACUAGAUCAAGAGGACAGAGGGUAUACCAACGAAGGCCGCCUAGUGCUGGACGAGGACUGAGGGAUUUUACCUUUGGUUCGGUUUUGUCGGUGUGUCUGUGGCGGAGGAGAGAAGAUCCGGGCUCAUCUGCGAAAUGUUAGAGUUCAUGGGCGACUCUCCACUCCACUCCAUUCAAUGACGUCCUACCAACCUAACAUGCGAUCCGCAUUGCUCUGGCCGUUGUUGUAGAGCCUUCAGUCGUCGUCGUCGUCGUCGUCUUAUUCCUCCUCGACAGCCCCUUCCUGCAACAACAGAGACGAAUUAGCUCCUCCGUGUCCUGGCUGGCUCCAGCUUUCCUCACUGGGGGUGGAAUCAUCAGAGAAAACAAGCCGAAUAUUUUUACAAGGGGGAAAGAAGUUUCAAGUGUUCAUCGAUCUGUAUCUCUGCAGGUGCUUAAUUCUCAAGACGAGUUAAUAAUUUCUGAGAUCUCUCGCCCCUCGUUUUUCAAUAAGCAAAUGCAUAUAAUUCUUACAUUAAUUUGGCCUAAGCAGCAGCAGCCUGUUGCUAAAAUGUUGCAAUAAGUUAAUUGUAGCCAGUGGUCCGUGCAUUCAUAUGAGGAAUGUGAACGGCUGCUACUAUGAUCUUGUCGUGAUUUGAGGUGCAAAGUAUACCGUGCUCGUACGUAGUCAGUGACAGGAUGCUGAUCAAGGAGUACAGGAUUCCUCUUCCCUUGACUGUGGAGGAGUAUCGUAUCGCGCAGUUGUACAUGAUAGCGAAAAAGAGUCGGGAUGAGUCGAAAGGUGUUGGAAAUGGGGUUGAAAUUCUUUUGAAUGAGCCCUACGAGGAUGGUCCGGGCCCUGCAGGAACGGGGCAGUAUACCCGAAAAAUGUAUCAUGUUGGCAGUCACCUCCCUGGUUGGUUCAAAAGUCUUCUUCCUAAAUCAGCCUUAACCGUGGAAGAGGAAGCAUGGAAUGCUUAUCCGUACACGAAAACUCGAUAUACCUGCCCCUUUGUCCAACGAUUCUCUUUAGAAAUAGAAACCUACUACUGCGCUGAUGCUGGCCAUCAAGACAAUGUGUUCGGAGUGAGUGAAUCUGACGUGAGGAAUCCGAUUGUGGAUCUCAUUGAUGUUGUGAAGGAUCAGUUACAUGGCACGGACUAUGUGAAAGAGGAAGAUCCAAAAUUUUAUCGUUCUCAGAAAACGUCACGAGGUCCUCUAGAUGACAAUUGGAUUGAUGAUUAUUGGCAAGAAUGUCAGGGGAAAAAUAUGCCAUUGUCCUCCGGUAAAGCAAUAAUGUGUGCGUAUAAACUGUGCCGGGUCGAGUUUCAUUAUUGGGGAAUGCAGAGCAAAAUCGAAAAAUUUAUUCACGACUAUGGAUUGAGAAGAAUAAUGCUUCGAGCUCACAGGCAAGCUUGGGCUUGGCAGGACGAGUGGUACGGUAUGACAAUGAGUGAUAUUCGUGAGUUGGAGAGGCAAACUCAAGAGGCUCUUAGGAAGAAAAUGGCCAACUCUCGUCGCGAUGCUGGAGAAGAAGACGAUGGGGAAGACUAUGAUCAUGAAGAUUCUAGAGAAUCUGUGAAAGAAUCUCCAUUUAUUUGUACUAAACCAAGUAGUGAUAGCAGUUGUGAUGACAAAAAGUCGGAUAAUUCCUCCCGUAGUUGGGCUGGCGAUAAGGGCGGUGGUGGUGCUGGUGAAUAUUACGAAACAAGUCGCCCUAAAUCCCCUAAAAUUACUGUGAAAAUUAGCGACCUUGGUGACAACAUAGUGAGCACUCCGUCAACUUCCAAAUCCAUUUCCUGUAGUGGAAAAGGACAUCAUAGUUCACCAAGAGCUGCAAAGAAAGUUGAAGCGAGUCGGACUUGGAGAGUGGAAGGCUUAAUGAAGAACGAAUCAGAUUCAGAAGGAAGCGAUGAUGAAUUUUUUGACUGCUUAGAUGGAGACGAUUCUGUUUCCUUAACCAAAUGGAGCUCUCUGGACCUUAUCCCACAGGGUGAAGCCAAAUCUGAUUACAAAAAAGACGAUAGUAUAUUCAGCCAACCAUUUCUUCAGCGGGUCACGACAGGGCGUGAAAAACAUAAGGUGCUAGUGAGCCGAGGAAGUAUGGAAGCUUCUUUACCCGGGUCUCCAACAAUAUACGGUGGAAACGCCGUACUUGCUUCUUCCUGUAGUACAACGGUGCUAUGCAUGGUGCUACAUGCUGGGAGUGCGCUAGACGCAACUGUGGAUCUCCCUGCCAAAAAGUCCGACGUGACAACGUUCAAGGGUGCUUUCGAAUCUGUAAUACGACAACAUUAUCCAUCCAUGAUGGGUCACGUUGUGGUCAAGCUUGUGCCAUGUCCAUCUGUUUGUACUGAUGCACUGGCUAUUCUCUCUAGUCUAAGCCCAUACAGUUUUGAUGUAUAUGGAACUGGAGACAGUCCACAAAUGACUCACGAGUCCGUGCCAAUUGGGGCUAUUCCUCUCGUAUCAACGUGCCAAUUAGAGUAUUUGGAUGCUGUGUCAAAAACUGUAGUUGCUGCCAAUCAAGUUUACACUGACUUCCUCAAGUGUGAAGAAGGGCAAGGAUUCAGUGGUCAAAUAGUUUUUAUUGGAGAUUCGAUGGGUUCUAUUCUGGGUUAUGAUGCUUUAGUCAAGCAUUGUUGCGCAGGACAGUUUUUGAAUGAGGAUGAAGUCCCUCCAAGUCCAGCUUUAUCCACAGAUCACCUGCUGCAAUGUCCCUCCGGAGAAACGCGACGUAGAUCGUCUUCAUCUGCGAGCGACUCUUCCAAUACAAAAUUAGACUUUGAAGUGAGCGACUUUUUCAUGUUUGGAAGUCCCCUCGGCCUGGUCCUGGCACAUCGUCGGAUUCAGUGCGAAGAUCGACACAUGCCGUGGACGCGCCCUUGUCAGCAAGUGUACAACCUUUUUCACCCAACGGACCCCUUGGCUGCAAGACUGGAGCCUCUAAUUUCAGCAAGAUUUGCAGGUGUCCCACCAGUCAAUGUGGCACGCUACACGAAGUAUCCAUUGGGUGAUGGGCUACCUUUCCAUUUAUUGGAGAGCAUACAGAGUAAUCCGCAUCUCUUUGCUGAGUCUGGUGUCAGCUUUGGAGCUUUAGCGUCAAGUUGUGGUCGACGCUUAUCGGAUAUAAGUAUUCAAAGUGGAAUGUCUGGCUUAACUGAUGCCCUGUCCCUCCAAGCGAUAAACCAAUUGACUCAAAAGUGGUGGGGCAAUAAAAGGAUUGAUUACGCUCUGUAUUGCCCGGAAGCAUUGGCAUCAUUUCCUCUACACUCCCUCCCCCAUUUGUUCCAUGCCAGUUACUGGGAAUCAACGGAUGCAAUUGCUUUCAUUUUACGCCAGAUUGGAUUCCAAGAAUCAAGUUCACUUUUAUCCCAAGAUGAAAAGGAAGUCAGGGUAUUUACUCCAAAUCAACCACGGGAAAAGUGGGUGAAGAAGAGAACGUCCGUGAAAUUAAAAAAUGUUGCUGCCAAUCACCGUGCCAAUGACGUGAUUGUUGGAGAAGGACAUCCUCAGGCGCUUAGAGCUCGGUUCAUGUACGGCCCAUUGGACAUGGUGACACUGACGGGUGAAAAAGUGGACAUUUAUAUCAUGAAGGACCCUCCGAUGGGCGAAUGGAGCCAACUUGCUACAGAAGUAACUGACAAAAACGGCCGGAUUUAUUAUUCAAUUCCUAGUGAUAAAGCUUUUGGGUAUGGGAUUUAUCCAGUGAAAAUGGUUGUUCGAGGUGACCACACCUGUGUGGAUUUCUACUGUGCGGUUGUUCCACCAAAGACUGAGUGCGUUGUGUUCAGCAUUGAUGGUUCAUUUACAGCCAGUGUGUCAGUGACAGGAAGGGAUCCUCGAGUUAGGGCUGGUGCCGUUGAUGUCGUUCGACAUUGGCAAGAGCUGGGAUAUUUAAUCAUCUACGUAACUGGUCGUCCAGAUAUGCAACAGCAUAAAGUCGUCUCUUGGUUGGCACAGCAUAACUUUCCUCAUGGUUUAGUUUCUUUUGCGGAUGGGUUAUCUACAGACUUUUUGGGUCAUAAGGCUGAUUAUUUGCGAAGUUUAGUUCAGGAUCAGAAAUUGGUAAUACACGCGGCAUACGGAAGUAGUAAGGAUAUUGGCGUAUACGCGUGCGCUUCAGUUUCUUCCGACAGAAUAUUCAUUGUUGGUAAAGCGUCCAAGAAGCAACAUUCUAUGGCUACCGUACUGAGCGAUGGCUACUCUGCUCAUCUUAAUGCAUUGCAAGCCCAUGGUGGAUCAAGACCUGCCCACGGAAACGCUCGAAUGGUCAUACCCCGAGGAUAUUUCGGUUUACCAGGUCAACCGCUUGCAAGACGUCGAAGAUCUGCCAAAAGAACGACCUCUUACCCCGUCAUGGGUACCCCAUCCGAGUCCUCCUUAACUCUGAUGACUCCCACCACCGGGCGUGGAGCUUCUCCCCGUCGUCCAAAAGCGAGUCUAUCAACAUUUCCAAAUUGAACGCAUUCUCAUAAUCUUUCAUUAACUGCCCCUACAACCACUCCUCUUCCUGCUGAACCAUAAUAAAUCUCUAUAAUAUCCUACCCCACCACCACCACCACCACUGCUCUACCAUAUAUAUAAUAAUAAAUACUACAAACUACUGUGUUAAUAAUACGUCUCCGCCAAUAAUGAUAAACAACCUCCGUCGUCAGUAUCUUCCGCAUUCCGUGUCAGUCAUAAAUACUAAACUAUAGCCAUGUCAUUGUUACUGCGUGCAAAAACCAGGGGUACAUCACUCAUAAUUACUAUUCCUAUCUAUAUAUUAUGCAGAUAUAUAAUAUAUAUCUACAUACUGUUCCUCCCACCCACAUAUAAAUCCACUAUGACAGUACAAUGCAGCGUGAUCUGAACAAGUCGUUAGUAAUAAUAAAAUAAAUAAAUAAAUAGCGAAAUUAUAGUACCAACAAGUAUUAGUUUAUCACCUAUAUAAUAGUUGUUCUCAUGUAGUUGUUCCUGAAUGUAAAACCACUACAAAAAUAAACAAAGAGCAAAACCGUUUUUAAAACUA